AUGAAGCACUUGUGGCAGAUUUUUGUCCUGUGGGUCUUCUGGGUACUCAUCAUGUGGCUGAUGGCACCCUGCCUGGAUCCCAAACCUGAAUUGCCACCCCAGGGAAAACCGAUGGUCUUGGUACCACGGCAUUGCAACUGCCCUUGGCUCAAAUUCAGGAGAAGUGGCUGCCCAUCUGAGACACUAAACGACUCCCUCUGCUACCACAGAGCUGGAGAACGGAACCGAUUUGCUACCUGCUAUGAGAAGGCCCUGGAACACCUGAUGGGGGCAACAGAAUCCAUGACCCCUGAUACUGUACUCUGGUGGUUGGGCAUGAACUCAGCAAGUGGCCUUGGCAAAAUGUGGGAAAAGCUGUUCAAGGUGAUUCCCAGGCCCUCAGCGAGCCAUUUCCAUAUCUACUGUGGGACUUGUGCUUUGAUGGGGCACUCCCAGACCCUGUGGGGCCCUGGCCUUACCAGCAACGUCCACCAACCCACCUCAGCCUUCGGGAUGAACGAAGGCUGUGUCCAGGGCUUCGAGACAGUGGGGAACCAAGCCACGGGACACUUCAUCCAUCCCGGGAAUGCCAGCAACCAGGGCUCCUGGAGAAAGCUGCUGCUGCUGCUGCUGCAGUUUCCUGGUCUGGUGUGGACUUCAGAUGCUCUGCGUGAGGAGGUGAUGGAUGCCUGCUUCAGAUUUGGAUCAGAAAAGCAAGGAGAGGGAUGCCAAGACUGGGAGGGUGUUAAUCGGACUAAGAGCACUAAGGAGAUUCUAUGUGCAGCACGGAAGCAGGAAUGGAAGUCAGCUACGGUGUGGCGGGUGAACUCACUGUCCACACCCGACACCCACCAGAGUCCCCACAAGUCCUAG